AUUCCAGAGUGUUCGAGUAAGAUCCGAAUAUGCCAACGAGAACGCGACACGUCCUCAUAGACCAUUUCAAUCGUUUCUAGGGUUUAAAUAGACCGUUCAGACACCCUGUAACAAACUAAUCCUCAAUUAUAAGUUUUCUCGUUUUCUUCCGCCUCUAAAAAUCCCCUCUGCCCUCUUUUGCCGCUUUGCCCUAAAACUUCAUCCAUGGCCCGUCGUAGCACCGGUGGAAGAUCUGCUCGUCCAGCUCCACGUGCUGCACCACGCCCUGCCCCCGUCAACCGUGCUCCUCCUCCAGCUAAUGCUCAGAAUGGUGGUGGAUCUAUGCUUAGUGGUAUUGGUUCUACCAUAGCUCAAGGUAUGGCUUUUGGCACUGGAAGUGCUGUGGCACACAGGGCUGUGGAUGCUGUCAUGGGUCCUCGAACUAUUCAACAUGAAGCUGUCGUUAAUGAGGCUGCUGCAGCUGCCCCUGCACCAACGGCCAAUUCUUUUGGUGGUGAUGCAUGCAAUAUCCAUUCAAAGGCUUUCCAGGAUUGCCUGAACAAUUACGGAAGUGAUAUUAGCAAAUGCCAGUUUUACCUGGAUAUGCUAUCAGAAUGCAGAAAGAACUCUGGAUCCUCAUUGAGCAUGUAACUGCCCCGGGCAUGUUUUGAAGUAUUAUUGUAUUCUCCAUCUUAGAUCUUUUACAACUGGGGAAAGAUAUUAAUCCAAUAAAUUUCUAUUUGACUGGUGACAAACUGUGAAAGUUGCACCGGUCUAUUGUCUUAUUUCUUAUUGAGACUUGGUUGUUGGCACGAGAGAACUUUGAAUUGCUGUGGAGUGACUUUUUUUACCCCAUUCAAAAUACACAAAUUUAAUCUAGUUAAACUUUAUAAUCUAUAUACACUAAGAUUUUUGUUGGACUUGUUA